CAAAUGAGAAACCCAUACGUCACAUAUAGUGCGUGCAAGUCCGAGUUGUGCAUUUAUGUCGGUUAAAAAUUAAAAUUUCAUCUUAAUUUCAAUUACAAUUAUUUUGUUUAAACAUUGUAAUUGUUUUAUUUUUCUUGUUUUCAAUGAACACAUUCCUUUCCUGUUCACUGCUUCCCUCUUCCAAUCUAUAUAAUGCGAAACUCGCAAACUUGUGCCACUACUUCGCGUGGACAACUUCAAGAACAACAUUCUGGAGAUGAAGGGGCAUCGGUGGUGUCAGAUAAAACAAGAUACUCGCAAGCGUCAUCUUCAUCGUUUAGUCUUCAAGAUUGCAUUAAUGAGUUUAGAGCGAGGAAAGUGCAUCGUUCAUCUCAAAGCCAAAGUCAAAGUAAUCCCAAUACGGACGAUGACUUGAUAAAUCAAAACAAAUCGAAUAAGCAUAGUGAACGUAUAAGUAAACCUUGCAAAGACGGUUUUUGUUACUGUUUUACUAGCGAUAGCGAUGAUUUUAGAAUUUAUAAAUCUGAUGAGAAAAAAAGAACCCGAAAGUCAGAGGCUACAAUAACUGAUGAUGAACAGAUUUCAGAUAUGUCAAACAAUAACCACAAGAUGCGACGGGACUCCUUUCCAGCAAAUCCCAAAAACAAGCAUGAUGCUCAAUCGAGAAGUGGCCCUUCUAGAACAGUUACAGCUAUUAGCAAAUUGAAGGAUUCUAGUCGAACAUCAAAAGCCCCACUUAUUCACAUCAUCCAAGAAAUACACAAUAAUUGUGUAGUAUCGGAAGUUCGUGUGAACAAAAAUAAAAUUCAUUACAAAAGUCCUCCAUCAUCCAAGAAGCAAACAGUAACAAAACCAGGAGUUAUUAAUGUUUCAGAAGACAUACCAUUCAAACCACAUUCCCCUGCCUACGUGGAUCGGGUCAGCGAAAUAGAUAGUUUAACCGAAGAAUUUCAACAAAGUUCCUUGAAUACAAGUUCAAGGAGCAGUGAUAAGAAUGGAGGACGUUUAUUAAAAAAACGUUUAAGUGGUACUCGAAUCGAGUACAAGCCAAAAAACCUAUCAACUCCCCCUCGAAAACCACCAAGGAACAUUCCAGCUGCUAACAGUGCACGAACUUCUAUAAGUACUGCACCUUCUAUCCGAGAUGCUGAAAAAAUUCUUGAUGAUUUUCUGCGAUUAAAAGGAAUUCCUAUUCCAAAAGUGACACAAAAGCACAAAAAUGACCGCAAGUCCUUUCCACUAGCCAAAAAUUUUCUUUCAUCAAAUGAAGUGGGAAUUUCUUCUUACCAAAAACAAAUGCCUUCUUGCCCAUCCUUAAGUGAUAUUGAACAUUUAGUAAGUGAGAAAUCAACAGAUAGUUGCGGUGUCGUACUUGAAGACCCACUUACGUGGCAAUCGCCAAAAAUCAGAGAAAUGCUAAAUCUUGACACAAAAUCUAAAAAUUUCCAUUCCACCAAUCCGGAGUGCGGACCGCAAGUAGGUUGGAAAAUUCCACCAAAGCUUGAUAUCGAUACAGUCGAUGGAGCUUAUCAUAAUCUAGUUGCCAACAUGGAAUCAAAAAUAACACCAGUCAAAUCUGAAAUGCCAAAUAAUAAAACUGAAAGUCAAAAAUUUAUUCUUGCUGAACAAUUAAAAAACUUUGUCUCACAUUCUCCAUGGUCAAGUAAAAAACAAAAAAACAAACAAAAUAUCAAAAAAUCGAAUUCCUUUUUGAAUGCAUCAAAAACUAAACUUUUAAGAUUUGUUACUAAGAAAUCUCCCGACACUCAGAAUAGAUCAAUUGGAGUUCAAACAUCGACUGAGAUUGCAAAUGAUCAAAACAAAGAGAAGCGUUUUAGUCUUCAGUCGCCACCUGGCAGCUAUUUUUCAAACACCCCGGCUAAAACAUCAAAGAGUUCCCAAACUGAAUUCGACUUUUCACGAACAGUUCAAUCUCCACCAAGAGAUGAGAAAGUUCCUCAGCGCAAACAACUUUUCCCAAUGGAAUGUGCCCCCAAGGAAAAACCUCCUCGAAAAAUAAACUCGAAGAAAAAUCAAAAUACAACUUAUAAAUCGUACAACUCGGAUUUGGACAAAGAUUUGAAUCUUAGUAAAAUGGGACAGGUGCUGAGCAAUAUACGUAAUCGGUUAGAAGCUAGUGAUGAUCAUGCUGUGGGAACAUUCCGUGAAAUAAAACGAAAAGAGGAAAUUGCUGCUAACACAUCUUUUAGUUACGACUGUGUCGAUGGAUAUGGGUAUCAUAAUGUUUUAAAUGUAUCCGCCCAAGCUGAUGUCCAUAAUGAGCCAGAUCCUUCAUAUUCGGAGAUUGAGGAAGAUAGUUUUUUCAUAACUGGCAGCCCUGUAAAUGAAAAUACAACUGGCAUUGAGCAUUUUGUUUUGGAAAAUGAUCCCAAAGCUAUCUAUGCCAAGAUUAAUAAAACUCCAAAAAAGUCCAAGUCACAUUCGAGUUCUUUUAAUAAUAUAAUGGAACAGAAUAGUCCUCCUAAGCUAAGGAAUGUCAGUAAGACUGAUCUAAGUACACAAAGUGAAAUAUUUCUGGAAAAUUUAACUUUGGAAAAUAAUGGUUCCUUCUAUGGGAAAGCAGAAAAGAUUCAAAAUGCACGCCAAGAGGAAAAGUUAUACAUUGAACUAGAUAACCUCGAUGAAUCGUAUGUUUCCAUAAACAGUUUGAGAGAAUCCAUAUCUAAAGAUUCUGAUGCAGUGUCUUACGAACUUCCCGGAGAUGAUACAAAUGUUAUUGCAGUUGAAAAUUUAGCUGGAAAUCAAAGUACACCAAAGAAGACGACCCAUUUUACUAAGUUUGGUAUGCAUAUACCGAGUGAGGAAUGUCUUCAUCAAACAUCUAGUUGUCCAGCAACUCCCGGAUGGUUACUUUAUGACGAACAACAAUUUAUUCCAACACAAGAGGAGUCAAUGAGUUUGCGAGAAGAAUCAUCAUCAACUAAUGCCACAACAGACAAAGAAAAAACACAAAAUUCUAGUUUAUGGAGAUAUCGGACCCUCAAAGACAAGUUACGAAAAUCUUUUCGAAGAAGUAGACAUUUCAUCAAAAAUGAAAGUAAACGUCUUUCGAGUACGUUAAAUUCACAAAAAAUAUCAAACUUGAAUCGACUCAAUGAACCCUGGGAUGAAUCAUCUUUGUGCAUUACAAGUCUCUUUGCGAUGGAUGAUAAAGCACCAGUAAACGAUCAAUUGACACAGGCAGUAAAUAUAUGUCGACUCAUCCCGGAGCUAGAGGAUACACCCGAAAUGGUGGAAGCAGAGCGGCUUCUUCUAUAUUCCACAGUUAAACAAAAUGCUCAGAAAUUAAACGCAAGUAUAACUUCUCAAAAUGACACUCAAAAAGGGGUUUUGAUGUUAAAAUCAAUUCGAUUGCCAAUCAAGAAGAACAACGCACAAGAACUUUUCUUUAACUACUAUUAUAUUGGAGUAUUCUCCAGUGGAAGGCAGAUAAAAUCCACCCAGUCAGCUGAAUAUACAAAUGGAGAAGCCGUUUUUAGGAACUGUAACAUUUCAUUUGAUAAUUUAAACCCCGAUUCGAAAGUUCGUUGCGAUAUUUUCAUGCUGAGGUUAAGAAAAGUUACAACAAGCAAAAAUCUUCCUCGCAAAACCAAGAAGUUAUGUGAGGUUUCAACUUCAAGUGAAGAAAUUUUAUCAAGGUUUCGACCACAUGCCUCGUUUUUUGUGCAGCCUCGAGACUUAAAGCCUUACAGUUUGAAAGAUAAUUGCCCGAAUGCAAAUGAAAACUACUUUUGUUUACACGCAGAUAAUUCUUUCAUGUCUUCCAUCAUUCCACAAGCUAGAAAUAAUAAUUUCUUAGACAAAGUGCAUGUGUGUGGACAAGUGGAACAAUUUUUUCGACAACAUACAACAAAGGGUUUUCUUCAUGUUCAGGAUAUAAAUAAAAAACAUAGUUGGAAUUUGAGGUGGUGUGAAUUGAGUUCGUUAAAAUUAAAUAUUUGGAAUUGUCCAAAUGAUGUGACUGAGCAAGAGCCAAUUUUAAAAAUAGACCUUUGCUCUUGCAAAUCUCUUCCAAUUCAAUGUGCAGCUAGAGAGAUUUGUGCUAGAUCACGGUCUUUUUGUUUAGAAUUAGAAGCGACAGAAACACCUUCGGUGUAUAUUUUUUCAGCGGACAGUGUAAGUGAUCUCAAUAGUUGGAUAAGUGCCUUAAAUGAAGUCUUAGAAUUCAUUGCAGACUGGUUAAAAUAACUUAUCUGCUGUGCAAUAAUAAUAAUUUUUUUUUUUACACAUACAUUCGGUAGAACAUAUUUUUUAAAUGUAUUUUUAUAUAAGUAUAUUUUUGUCACUUGUUAAAAUUGAUCACUGUUAUUUUUAUAAUAAAAUUUACUGUUUAACAUUCCA